CUCGUCGCCACCCGCCGGCUCCCCGUGUCCGCGUACCGAGCGUGUCCGGAGCCGUCGUGGAUGCAUGGUUCCGUGUUUUCCUUCUCCUCCUCUCUAUAAAGGUUCAUCGUCGCGUCUAGUUCUCCCUGGUUUGCUGCGCUUACUGGCUCUGCAAGUUCGCGAUUCUCUUUUCCUACCGCGUCUGCGGACUUGCUGGAAGCUUCGGUAUCGUUGCUAAGAUGUUCUUGGAUACGGUCACAAAUUCAAGAUGGUCAAAGGCUUUCCUUCGAGUAUUUCAGGGCAGAUCUUCAAUUAUAGUUUGAUUCACUGGUGAAUAAUGAACUAGAAGGGUAAUCUAAAGUAAUGAAGUCUUUCUGUAUCAUUAUAAGGAAAAGUUUCAGCAUCCAAACUCCCUUUGGUUGAAGAUUUGUUGAUUGAUUGUCAAAUACGUCUGAAUUACAAGACAAGACAAUGGAAGAACCCUCUCGGCGAACAAGGUCUAGUGAGGACCCAUCCCUGAUGAAUUAUAGGCUAAUAAGAAAUAUUGGCCACGGUGCAUUUGGCAAAGUGAAAGUUGCAACGCAUAGACUAACUGGUACCAAAGUGGCCAUUAAGAUUCUUAACCGUAAAAAAAUGAGGGAAAAGUGCAUGGAGGAGAAAGUGAGUCGGGAGAUUAAGAUUGGCAAACUACUGAAGCAUCCUCAUAUUAUCAGGCUAUAUGAGACUAUAGAGAGCAUGGCUAAUGUGUAUGUUGUCAUGGAGUACGCAGAACGUGGGGAGUUGUUUGAUUAUAUUGUCGAGAAUAGAAGGAUCAGAGAGGAUGAAGCACGGAAAUUUUUUCAGCAGAUCAUUUCAGGUUUAGAGUACUGUCACAAUUGUAGGGUGGUUCAUCGAGACCUUAAGCCUGAGAAUCUGUUGUUGGAUUCUAAUGGCAAUGUGAAAAUUAUUGAUUUUGGCUUGAGUAAUAUUAUGCGCGAUGGCUGUCUUCUAAAAACAAGUUGUGGUAGUACAAAUUAUGCUGCUCCAGAGGUUCUUUCUGGUAAACUUUAUUCAGGGCCAGAGGUUGACAUCUGGAGUUGCGGUGUCGUCUUAUAUGUAGUUCUUUGUGGCACUCUGCCUUUUGAUGAUGAAAGCAUACCUAACCUCUAUAAUAAAAUAAAGAGUGGAGUUUAUACUCUUCCAAGUCAUUUAACAACUGGAUCAAGGGAUUUGAUUGCGAGGAUGAUUGUUGUUGACCCUUUAAGGCGGCUGACCAUUCCUGAAAUUCGUCAACAUCCUUGGUUCUUGGAAAAUCUUCCUAAUUAUCUGGCUGCUGCUUUGCCAAUUAUUGAACAUCAAACGGAGAAGGUUGAUGAAGAAAUACUUGAGCGUACGGUUGCAUUGGGAUUUAACAGGGACCACUUGGUUCAGUCUCUUCAAAACGGGAUACAAGAUGAUGCUACAGUGUCAUAUUACUUGCUGCUGGACAACAAUGUAUCCGGUACUAGCGUUUACGGUGCAGAGCUUGAUAAUAAUGCGUUUGGACUGCAGCCUCAUCAGAUUAUGGUAGGAAUUCUGAAUGCACUAUGUCAGCUAAAUGUCUGCUGGAAAAAGAUCAGACAUUACAACGUCAAGUCCAUGUGGUCUCGCGGUGGUCAAGUUCAAGACCUUACUAAAAGUUGUCAGCAUGAUGGCCUCCGUUUAGGCAAUGAACCUGCAACAAUCCAGACCAAUCAAGUGUCUCAGAACACUGUCAAGUUUGAAUUGGAGCUGUAUAAAACUUGUGAAGAGAAUUACCUGCUGGACCUCCUGAGACUUACAGGUCUCCAAAUACUUAUUAUUGAUCUUUGUGCCAGUUUCUUGCUCGGCUGCAGUUAUUCUAGAGUGGCAAUAAUUACUAGAAGAGAGAAUCUUGUCUACUCAUGGUAAGAGAGUUGUGCCAGAAAUCUAGAGAUGUGCUGGCAAUUGGUGAUUACUGAAAGGGAGACGGACCAUGCCAAAUUUUAUGAUUCUUCCUUUUCUGCUUGUGUACCAUAUAAAAUAUUCCGAUACUAUGUCUACUGUAAGAUGAACUUAUUGCUGAUGAAAGGGAGAACAUUAGACAUAAAAUAAUUGCUCUAGAACUAUCCAAAAAUUCCGACAAACAGAAACAGGUUGAGCUUGCUCAAACGAUCUUUGAAAAACAAAUUCAGUCAGGACAAGGUCACGGAAUCUUUAGCCCUUACUUAAUAACGAAGGAUACACAACAGGGGCCAUGGCUUGAUCAUUAAUCGUUGAAUCAGUGGUGAAAAGACAUUGAAGCAAUGAUCAUAGAGAACAUUAUCUCCAAGUUUCUGGCUAUUUACUAGAAGGAAUACAGGGAAAAUGAAGCACUAUAGCAUCUAUGAAUUCUAGAAUCAUGGAAAGGGAGGAGCGAGAAUCAGAUUACCAAUAGAAAGUUUCUGAGCGGAUCAAGUUCUCCAUGGCAAAACGUACACUUAGAAUGAACCUUAAAACUAUUCAAAGCUGAUUAGUAGAAGAAGCAGCAUCUCUUGUAUUCUGGGCUUCUCAGACUUGCAGUCCUUCUGGGGGAUCACAACCAGAGGAGGCGGAGGCCUCUUCAAGCUGCAAUGCUGACUCGAGGUUCCACAAAACAUCACUCAUUGCAGGCCUAUCAACACCAUAUUCUGUGAGACUUUUCUCUGCAACUUCCGUGUACUUCUUAAGUGCUUGAGGGAAAUAUUUUCCCGCGAUGAUUUAUGGCUGGUCUUGCACAUAGCAAAGCACUACUCCAAAAGAGCAGACAUCAUAUUGUCAGAGAGUUGCUGUCGCAUAAAGUACUCGGGAUCAAGAAGAAUAUUUGUUGUCUUCACAACACGUUGUACGAUGCCCUGGCCUGCCCCAAUUCAGAUCUCGAGCCUCUGUUUCCAUGAAAGUGGGGGAAGGCUCGAACCAUAAAGGUGGUUCCGGAAGGGUCCGUUUGCCAUGUAUUCAUACACAAGAAUCAUUUCCGAGUUCUCGUCACAAUAUCCAAUGAGUCAAACGAGGUGACGGUGCCAGACCCUGGGGGGCUUCUGUAUCUCGGUUUGGAACUUGUUGAUGCCUUGCUGUGAUGAAGUGUUUCCACGCUUGAUUGCAACUUUUUUUUUUCCAUCUUCCAAACCUCCAAGGUAGACUUUGCCAAACCCACCAGCUUCACUGACUGCCUUCUCAUCAAAAUUUUGCAUUGCUUCCUGUAAUUCUUUGAAGGUGAAUGACUGGCCAAAACCGGCACUUGGUAAAAAGCUUGGGAAACUGCUCUUGCUCUUGCUGGAGCUGAGGAAGCUUGAUCUGUAGCUGGUUCUACUGGACAAGAGAUGAGCCUUGCUAUUAUUGAGAGGGGAGAACCAUAAUGAGAAGCUCUUCCCAUGAUUCCAAGUUUGAUGCUUCUUCUUCAGAAGAAGAAAACUCUUGGCAAGCAAGAACAUGGCUGUUAUUCCAGUUGCAAGGGCAAUGGCUGCGAAAAUCUUCAUCUUGUUUGUUUGAGGUCCUGGCCCCUUGGAGGAACCAGCUGCUAGAUCACUGUCCAGGCUUCUGGCAGAGUCGCUUAUCUUAAGAAUUUCAAUCCCAUUGAGGAUCGCAUUUGGUGAGCUUGGGUCGACCGUUGCUGCUGGACCGAGUUGAAUCAUGAUGGAGCCAUUUCUUAUUGCCGAGGCAUCAAGCGCAAAGUCUUUGUAGUAAGGUAUCGCUAGGCCUCUCGUAAGGGAUGACAGGUCAAGACCGGAUGCACCAUCAAACCAUUGAUGUACUCGUCAAAGUACAGUUGAUCGAGGCUUUUGCUCGCAAUAUCACAGAAAUGCAUCCUUAUCAUGUAUGAGAAACUUGGAUCAACGCUCAUCUUCCAUGUUAGAUUGAAGUUCUGCUGAUUUACCCUGGAAUCUGCCAUUUGGUCUGCUGUGGCAUAGACAUAGUAUGGAGCAAUAUGUGCUGUGGCUCCUUGGUUUGGAUACUUGAUUACGCCAAAAGGUACAGAGACAUUUUGAGUUCCUUCUGUGAAAGUCAUAUAUGCAUUGUCUGGCUGCCAUGUCCUGAAUAGUGUAUCGUUAGAAGGACUUACAGUAGGCAAUCCAACGUUCAGUCGGUAUAUUACUUUGUCAUCGUAGUAAUAAAACCGGUGAACUCAUCGAGUGGAAGAACUGCAGCCGCAGUAUCAGAAAUAAGCGAGUCUGGUGCCGACACAAACUCAAUGGCAUUGACGAAGGAAAAUGACUUUUCAGAUGUAAAUUUGAGGAGCACUGUAUCUGAUGAAUCAACACUGAUGAGGCACUCUUUGAACACCAAUUUAGAAAUGUC